AUGAAACCGUAUCCUCGCAAUAUUCCCGUCGACACAGGGUCCAACACUCUUAGCGCAUUACGGUUGCAACGGUCAAGUCGAUCCGGUGCUCAAGUGCUCCUGCCGUCUGGUGGUGCCGCAACAAGUCCAAUGGCGAAUCCAACCACUCACAUGUCCAGGAUGAGAUUGCUAGAUAUCAUCGAAUCUGCACUACGCAUAGUGGAAGAAACUGAGGAAGAAGAAGAGGAGAUCGCGGGCGGCGCUUUAUCAGAGGGGGGUACCAGACAAUAUUUUGAGCGCCCUAGUGGCGGAGCUCCUCCUGCAGCCUAG